AGCUCGCAACCACAGACGGCUGCCAUUUUGAGAGGAGAAAGAUACAAGAACUGCGUGUUUGUUAUUCACCGGUCUAAUCAACACAUAAAACCAUUUCACCAUGGCUAUGCAAGCAGCGAAACGCGCUAAUAUAAGAUUACCUCCCGAGGUGAACAGAAUCCUGUACGUCAGGAACCUUCCGUACAAGAUCACAGCUGAGGAGAUGUACGACAUCUUUGGGAAAUAUGGACCAAUACGCCAGAUCAGGACGGGGAACACACCAGAAUCAAGAGGAACAGCAUACGUAGUGUAUGAAGACAUCUUUGAUGCCAAAAACGCAUGUGACCACCUGUCAGGCUUCAAUGUCUGCAAUCGUUACCUGGUGGUCCUCUACUACAAUGCAAACAGAGCUUUCCAGAAGAUGGACACAAAGAAGAAAGAGGAGCAGCUGAAGCUUCUGAAAGAGAAAUACGGCAUCAACACAGACCCUCCGAAGUAGCCUCCAGAAAGCCCAUCCACCACCAAUGUUUGUUUUUUAUGUGUCCGAUCUUCACCUGCUCCUUGAUGUAUGCAGAAGGAUUUUAUGGGAUAUGCUGAAAUGGUUUUUCUAACGAUUUUGUUUCUUUCUAUCUGUGACCGACCUUUGAACACUUGUUGGACAGUUUAUGAGGGUGAACAUCUAGACAGGGAGGAGUUGUUUUUGUUUAGCAAGAAACAAGGAUCCCAGGAGUCAGACUCUGAUUAUUCAGAGUGGGAACAGUGUGUAAGAUGGCCAAUUCUGCUUGGGCAAAUGAUUUUUCACUCUUUUUGUUGUCACUCCUUUCAUACUUCUACAAACUUUUAAUUUAAAGCUGAUGAUGGUCAUGAUGUUUGGUAUGAAAUCGAGUUUAUGAAUACUGACUAUGUAAAGUAUUCUGUAAAAUAAAUGUUCCUUUUCUAAAAUCUUCA